AUGUUCAUCAACUUCAAAACAACCGUCACAUUGCUCAUAUUAGUCCAACAUCCAAUUUUCUGCACGGCAAAUUCAAAUUGUGCCGAAAUUAAAGGAACAGCUGUUGAAGCUGUGAUGAAAAAUGUGUGCAAACUUUGUUUCGAGAAAUUUCUGAUUCCAGUCGGAAAAUGCGAAGAAAACUGCUUUAAAACUGAAGUUUAUAAGAAUUGUCAUGAAAAAUUUUCGACGAAGAAAAAAGAAGAACAAAAAUGUGAUUGA